AUGGGAGCCAGAGCUCCCAAGACUGGAAUGACCCCAGGAGAUUUGUUUUUCAUCUCUCAGUUCCAGGAAUGUGGGAAGCACUUCGAUAGGACCACGGUGGUGGUAAAAAGAUGUCAACUAAAGGAGGAAUUAGAGAAGAUGAAGCCCUAUGGUAUGGAGGAGGAGGACUUCCUGACAUCAACUGGGCAGGUGACAUACUGGAUAGGCCUCUUCCAGGGCCAAGGAGGUGCCCCCAGGUGGACUGAUGGUUCAGCCCCCACCGACACGAAGUGGGAUUCCAAUGAACUACACGAUAAUGGAACUGUCCCUGCCUGCAUGAUGAUGCUCCAUCAUGGGCAUUGGGGUAACUUCUCUUGCAAAUCGGAAUCUCUUGCUUUCUUCUGUGAGAAGUGGCAGAGUUGCUGA